CCGACGCCUACCCAUAUUGUUAAUCUUUCAAGAUUUUCAUCUGAUUACUCGUCAAAACUCGACUGUCAAUUGCCAACUAUUAAAAAUGGUGAAGAGGGAUAUUGCUGUUCUCGAUCCCAAGCGACAGAAGCUUGUGAAGCUGGAUCGAAAGAAAUUUGCGGCUAUAGACAAAGGUCCAACAGGAGCUGAGCAAUGCAUCGACCUUCCACGGCUUAGCCCUAUCGUCGAUGUCACGGUGCCAGGAGCAGCAGAAAGCCAGACUAUCGCGACGGUCCAUCUCUGGCGGCUUGGACUCAAAUACAAUGUCGACAGGCUACUCGGAAACAAUAAGCAGUUAUACAUUCUCAGGGAAUAG